CUCAUUUUGCGUUUCACACGGAAGACUAAUAUUGUUGCGCACGGCCAUGGUGUGGUCACGUGUGUUUUGAAAACUUCUCAUGAAUGAAACAGACCGCGCAGUUUGCCUCAUUCAAAUCGCAGCUCACGUCGUCUAACGUUAUAACGUUUAGCGUUUAACGAGCUUCUUAACCGUUAUUUAUCUAAAGAAGUACCACUUUUGAAGGAGGAUUGUACCGUCUUUGUUUUAACGCAUUUACUUACUACUAUCUCUGAUAGCAGAUUAGGUCGAGUCCAAACGUAUCGAUACGGUGUAGUCAAGCAAAACGUGUCGUUAAAAUGGUGUUUUUCACCUGCAACAGCUGUGGAGAAUCCCUCAAAAAAGCCCAAGUUGAAAAACACGUGGGCAUGUGCCGGGGAUGCCAGGUCCUUUCCUGCAUCGACUGUGGAAAAGAUUUCUGCGGUGAUGACUACAAGAACCACACUAGAUGUAUCAGUGAAAACCAGAAGUACGGAGGCAAAGGCUUCGAGGGCAAGGCCAACAAAGGAGAUGUGAAACAGCAGCAGUGGAUCCAGAGAGUCCAUGACGCCAUGAACAAACCUGGAGUCAGUACGAAGCUAAAGGGCAUACUCCAACAAAUCAGUUCAUAUGAUAAUGUCCCAAGAAAGAAGGCAAAGUUUCAGAAUUGGAUGAAAAGCUGUAUUAAAAUAGCGAACACCAGUCUUCAUGAUGAGGUGUGGGACAUCCUCACUGCAGCUGACAUUUCUCCUGAGGCCCCCCAAGAGACUAAAGCAGCUGAAGAGACAGUGUCUGAAGUCAGAGAGGAUUCUAAUGGAAAGGAAAAACAGAACGGCCAUCAAGACGGCGGGAAGAAGAAACUGAACAAACGUGAGCGCAAAGAGGCACGUCAACAGAAGAAUGGGAAGGUGGUGAAAGGUGCCGAUAAGACGGUUGCAGAGGAGCAAGGAGAAGGCAAAAAGAAAAAGGACAGGAAGAGAAAGCACAGCUCUGAUGAAGAUGAAGAGCCGAAUGGUGCCGAUAAUGAGACAUCCAGCAAGAAGUCAAAGACAAGUGACGUAGAGGCUGCUGACACUUCAGAGACUGAGGAUCAAAAAGUUCCCAAAGGAAAAUUCAACUGGAAGGGAAAUAUCAAAGCUGUACUCAGAGAAUCAGCUGACCAGGAACUGCCAGUAAAGAAACUUAAGAAGAAGAUUGUGGCAGCAUACUACUCUUUUGCUGGUGACGGGAAUUUUAAAAAAGAGGAGGAGGUGCUCGCACUUUUCAACAAGAAGAUCAACAACAAUCCAAAAUUCAGAGUCUUAAAAGACCGAGUUAGACUUGUAAAGUAGACCUGUAAUCAUCUCCCACCCGUCUGGCACAAAAUGUAUGUUAGAUUUUCUAAAAUUUAAAUGCCAUUCUUGUCUUCGAUCUUCGCUUGGAUGUUUUUGUACAGAUUACCAAAUUUUGAGGAUUAAAUCAUUUUAUAACACAA